AUGGUUCAGGCCCCAGUUCAACCUUCUUUCGUUCAGAUCAUCCCCCUAACCAGUUACCCUACUACAUCAUUCGUCCAGCCAGGUCUCGACCAUCAGCAUCCGGUUGGGACAAGCUUUAGGUCACAAGACUACGCCACGGCACCAAGGAGGAAUAGCCAGACGGCUGGAGUGUGCAUGGAGCGCCCGUGCUCGAGUCGAGACCGUGCCGGUGCCGGAUAUCAACCGGCAGUUUGCGAGCGCCGCGCGUCAAAAUCAGACACGAGCAGUUACCCCUAUCUCUCUGCCGAAAAUGCGGCCAAAGAAACUCGUGCUUCCACUAGACAAUCGACCAGGUUCGAGACGGUUGAAUCUCCCAAACGUAAGACGCACUAUGUCCCCUACGUUCCUGCGACGCCCCCUCGGUCUCCUGAGCGUGUACCUACCCCGCCUGGAUUGAAUAUCCCCCCUAGAGCGUCAGGAUGGAACCCAUAUCCGAGCCCUCCAAACUCACCGCCAUCUGAACGCGCCUCCGGCCCUCCGAGAAAGUAUGCAACCGAGACGCCCAAACAAUCUUACAUUCCGUCCCCUCCCCCAUCACCGAAACGCCGGUCAACCCCCAGACCCAAGGCACAUGUACCUAUGCCUUCUCCUACUUCAAAAGACGAGAUGAAAGAAGGCGAUGAACUCUUGUCCAAAUUCAGGCGGUUCGCCCUUGCUGCACGCGAAACUCCUUCGGACGAGAAGUGUAUUGAAGACCUCAUGGAUUCGUAUGAUGAACUCAUGCCCAGCCUCAUUGAAGAAGUCGCCAAUGAACCUCACGUGGAAUUCAAUUGA